CCGUUCCUCAACCUUCCAAAACCCGCAUUUCGCCGACUACUUACUCUCAAGAUCCGUCUCUUUGUCACGCUUAACCAGACGCCAAUUGAAACCUACCAAGCAGGCCAAAAAAAAAGAAGAAGAAUAAGACCAUGUCGGCCCCAACACCCGCCUUCUUCGCCGGCCCCCUCCGCUACUGCCGCUGGGCCGCCCGCGAGCGCCCCGCGUACUUCUGGUCCGUCGUCAUCGGCGGCGCCGGCCCGCUCAUGCUGGCCACCGUCCCGCCCGUCAUGAAGCGCCUGGGCUACGAGCGCGCCCCGCCGAUCCCCCUGACCUAUCCCAUUCCCUCCGGUCCGCGGAAGACGUUGACAGGCUACGACGACUGAGCGCCACACACAUACCGAAUAUAUGAACAAAACAAAACAAAACACAGGCAUAGGCACUAGAGGUGGAGUCGUGGAGUCGUGGGACCGAGAAGGCGGGAUCUACUACAUAAAUGUAUAUAUGAACCAAAGAACCAAAACUACGCUGCGAGCUUAGGGCUCGGGACGAAAGUACGAAGAUGGGGGGAAGGGAAAGGGAAGGGGAAGGGAAUUAUACCCUUUAAAAGGAAAGAUGUAUCGAAUGUACCUAUUACAUCGCAUCAAGACGAAACCAAAACAUCCCUUAAAGCCUCACCAGAAUCAACAAUCAACCAACCAACCAAGUCCAAAAAAGAGAUCGCCUAACUAGGAGGUACCUAGGUUAGGUAGUUUCGUUUCAUUUUACUCCCACACGACCCGUAUUCGCGCCGCGCUUUGCCGUGCCGUGUUAUUCAUUUCGUCUAUUCAUUCACUCAUCGGCUACUUUAGGUAUACAACAGGUAGCUUAUGUGCGUCUAGGCCAGCUGGCCUGACUUGGCCUGACUUGGCCUGACUUGACCUACCAUCUACCUAUCCAGGAUUUCUGAAAAAAGUCAAGUCUGUAAUUACCUAGACCUAACAGUUGGAAACGACGAUGGAGAGGAAGAGCAUACCCUCUUCCUCUCCCACCUC